CAAAAUUAAUCGACCAAGCCUAUACCCGAGUACCCGACUAUUCCACUCAAGCAAACCUGCGACCAGCUAACUGGCGGAAAUUUGGAAGCAGCAAGACUGCGAAGCACGAAGGUCGAAGAGGGAGUAGCGGAGUUGCGGCGGAGACACGAACACCAGCCGAACUGCGUCCACCAGCUGCGACGCCUCCAGCCGUCCACGCUCCAGGGCCCUGCGUCAGCCGUCUUCCCUCUCCUGCUCUCCGAGUGACCGAAUCCGACUCUCUCCUUUGCGGCUGCCUCCAGCUCCAGGUGGCGAACAAGAGCUUCCGGAUAUGGAAUUGGUGCAUGUCGCUGGUGAAACAGUGCUCAAACAUGCUCCAAUUCAAAGUCAUUCACGCCAUAUUCAUCACCAAUGGUCUCCACCACAACACCUACGCCGUCAGCAAACUCUUGGAGUUCUGUGCACUCUCUGGUUCCGGUGACCUCUCGUAUGCUUCUCAACUUUUUUCCCAAGUUCAAUCACCCAACAUCUUCAUCUACAACACACUCAUUAGGGCAUACUCUAGCAGCUCCAAACCUCAUUUCGCUAUGCACUACUUCACUACUUUGCUACAUGACAAUGAAACUCUCUUGCCUGAUAACUAUACCUUUCCUUUUGUUCUCAUUGCGUGCACAAAUGGGCUUCUUUUGUCUGAAGGCAAGAAAACACAUUGUUGGGUAGUCAAGAAUUCCAUGUCAUUCUCUGAUUUUCAUGUGCAGACCGCGUUGAUCAGGUUCUAUGCUGGUUGCAAAGUGUUGGAUGAUGCACAGAGAGUGUUUAAUGAUAUUCCGAUAAUAGAUGUUGUUCAAGCCAAUGUUCUUAUGAGUGGGUAUGUACGAAAUGGUUUGGCCUCGGAGGCGCUCAGCGUAUUUCAAAGCAUGUCUGCACGUGGAAUUGAGCCUGAUGAGUUUUGUGUGACUUCUGGCCUUGCUGCAUGUUCCCAUUUAGGGGCUAUUGAGAAAGGGGAAUGGAUCCAUCGGUAUGUCAAGAACAAGAACUGGUUGGAGUCUGAUGUGUUUCUCGGAACUGCACUUGUUGAUAUGUAUGCCAAGUGUGGGUGCAUCAACACGGCUGUAGAAGUGUUCGAGGUCAUGCCUAAAAGGACUACACAUUCAUGGGCAGCAAUGAUUAGAGGGUUUGGGGUACAUGGCUUUCCCGAGAAGGCAAUUGAUUGUCUUGAUAGAAUGCAAAAGGAAGAUGGGCUUUGGCCUGAUAGUGUUGUCCUUCUGGGUGUCUUAGCGGCUUGCACACAUUCAGGACUAGAAAAAGAAGGCCAGCUUUUGUUAGGUAACAUGGAAUCCCUAUAUGGCGUUAUUCCUCAACAUGAGCAUUUCAGUUGUAUGGUGGACUUGCUCUGUAGGGCAGGCAAACUUGACGAGGCCAUUAACCUUAUCCGGAUGAUGCCUAUGAAACCUCUUGCCUCUGUUUGGGGAGCACUUCUGAGUGGUUGCCGAAUUCAUAAUAAUAAUGUUACCCUUGCGGAGCUGGCUGUGAAGGAGCUAUUAUUGUUAGAAGAAGGGAAUGGUGCUGAAGAAGACAGCGCUUAUGUUCAGUUAUCCAACAUAUAUCUCGCUGCACAUCAAUCGGAUGCUGCCCGUAAGAUCAGAAGGAUGAUUGGUGAUAAAGGUCUCAAGAAAGCACCAGGAACCAGUGUGAUCGAGGUAGCUGGGGAAGUUAAUGAAUUUGUUUCAGGAGAUGUGUCACAUCCAUAUUUAUCUCAGAUCCAUUCAGUGCUUGAUUUGAUGUCUCCGAGGAAACAUUCAAUAGAUGAGAUCAGGGUCAAUGAAUGGUGACCUUCUCACAAAACUACGUCUCUAUUGCCUGCAAUAGCCAGUGAGCAUGUUGAAAUUCAUCUGCAAUUUGUGGGAUAACAGUCCAUUCAAGCUGAAGCAUUGACCUGGUCCCUAGCAAUCAGCUGACAUUGGAAUGGUGACAUCAAAGGCAUUGGAUUCUGAUUCAAGAAAGGUUAAGAUAGUCACUUAUCGUACAUAUCCAUUUGGAAACCUUGUGAAGGCUGAAAGUAGAGGAGAUCGAGAGCCAGGGGUAAGGAAUUACAAUGUUGUCAUAAAAUUGACGAGGAUCUCUGAUCCUGCACAAAUGACAAAAACACACUAUGUUGAUCUGGUAUGCCAUCCGUGCUUACUUUCACAUAUUAUGUAAUACUACCUCCGUCCCAUUUUAUGUGUCUUUUUUGCUUUUGGCACAUUUUUUAAUAAAGUGGUUGAAAAGGUAAAAGUUGUGGUUGAGAUUCGAGUAUAGUAAAGUGAAAUGUUAUGAACCACAUAUUUCUUUCCAAAAAGGGAAAGAUGACACUUAUUUUGGGACAACCCAAAAAGGAAAGUAAGACAGGUAAAAUGGGACGGAGGGAGUAUUUUAGUAUUCUGCACCAUUUUCUUACAUGUCAUUUUUUUUUUAAAUUUGAAAUUAUCUGAUAGAUAGUUUGCUAUGGAUGAUUAUGAUGUAAGAAAAUCAAUAAAUGAUUAUGUACCGUCGAUUGUGCCCCGCUUAAUUUUUUUUUCUAGUUCCGCCACUGGCCGAGUACCAACUACCAAGCAAGUGAUAUGGGGCUGCUUAUAGAAAACAUACAGGUUGAAGCACUUGGCAUUGCUCGAAAAGUGACCAUAACGAAGGACUCAACAACCAUCAUAGCUGAUGCUGCUUCAAAGGAUGAGAUGCAGUCAAGGAUAGCUCAGCUAAAAAAUGAACUGCUUGAAAUAGAUUCGGUAUAUGACUCUGAGAAGCUCGCUGGGAGGAUUGCCAAACUCUCAGGCGGCGUUGAUGUAAUAAAAGUUGGUGCAGCAACAGAGACUGAGCUUGAGGACCGGAAGCUCCGUAUUGAGGAUGCUAAAAAUGCUACUUUUGCAGCUAUUGAGGGGAGGUGCUGCCCUUGUUCACCUCUCAUCUCAUGUUCCCGCAAUUAAGAAGAAGUUUGAGGAUGCUGAGGAGAAAUUAGGCGCUGAGAUUGUGCAACAGGCACUCUUGGCGCCAGCAUCUUUGAUAGCCCAAAAUGCUGGGAUUGAGGGUGAGGUGGUGGUGGAGAAGCUGAAGGACAGCGAGUGGGAAAUGGGAUACAACGCAAUGACGGACAAGUAUGAGAACCUGGUCAUGGUGGAAGCAGGGGUCAUUGAUCUGGCCAAGGUCACCAGGUGUGCUCUGCAGAAUGCUGCUUCCGUCGCCCUCUGUUGGAGCUCCUCAGGGGCUUACCUUCUAAUUAUGAAUAGAAUCAUUCAUCAUUUAUAGCAGCCGAGCAUGUCUCAUGCUGUAGGAAUUUUUGUGCACUUUGUGGGAUUUACUUUACACACUCAUCAUUGUGAGCUGAAGUAGAAGGAAAACCCUCCUGAGAGUUCACGGAUUUCAUGUUUUAAGGCUUUCUAGACUGCAGAAAUGAUUGGUAAUAAAUUGCUUACUGUGAUGUU